UUUUUUUACAAGAGUGAACAAACAUUUCUUGACAUUUAUUAAAUUCCAUUAGGCAGGAUUCGUGUAAGCAGUACAUGUAUAUAUUAAAGAUUUAGAGCAAGUAGGGGAGGGAGUGACACCGCCCGCGUGAAGCGCACGGCUGGGAGGGAAAAAAAAUCGAACAACCCGCGGAGGAAACGAUCAGCACAAAAACAAACCUUCCUUUCCUCCGCUUCUCUCAAGAGCCGGACAUUUGUUCACGUUCAUCCUGAAAGUGAGAGACACGCAGGGCCUUUUAUUUGUUUUGGUUUUUUAAAUAACAAGGUGAAUAUUACAACGCAAGAUGGAGCACGGCGGCUUCCAGGGCCAGCUGCUGGCCGUCAUGGAGGCGCUGGCCAAGGCGGCGGCGGCGGAGAUCGACCGGCGGGUGGGCGACAGCUGUGCCCUGCUGCGGCUCGAGGUGAGCCGGAGCCGGCGGGACAUCGAGCUGCUGAAGGGCAAGUGUGACCUGAUGGAGGCCGAGCUGAGGAGGAGCAGGAUGAGGGCGAGGAGGAGAGCUGCUGAGAGGUUUUCUCCUCCAGGCAAAGUAGUGGUGAGUAAAGAGAAGCGGAGCGCGGACUGGGACGGACACGUGGAUGUCGAGGGCCCGACUCGUCACAGUGAGUGUGCAGACGUGGAGCUCGUCGGUGAAGCCGAAAACAUCCAGAUCAAAGAGGAGUUGGCGGAGGAGGACUUGUGGAGGAGCGAGCCAGACGACAGACUGACACCUGGAGCCGAACAGUCACCGUGUUUCAAAGCCUCUCCUCCCGCCCAGACUGGCAUCUUUGUGGACAGUUACCACUCAGCCGAGAACCCAGUGCACCCAGAGUCCCUUGUUUCCCCAGCAGCCGGCCACAACACUUUGCCUGAGCAGCAGCAGCAGCAGCAGCAGCAGCAGCAGCAGCAGCAGCAGCAGCAGCAGCAGCAGCAGCAGCAGCAGCAGCUGAACACAAACCUCAACGGGACAGAGCUCGUGGUGAAAGGCGAGUACGAGGAGGAGCCCGAGGAGGAGCCCGAGGAGGAGCCCGAGGAGGAGCCCGAGGAGGAGCCCGAGGAGGAGCCCGACGAGAACGCGGCGCCGCUCGAUCCGGGCCACGCGUCCGUGACGGGGGAAGGCGACGAGCGGCUGUGGUUGUCCGGUCUGUGCGGAGACGCGGGGGAUCCGAGCUUCUCUUACGCGGCGCAGCAGUUUGAGCACUUCCCCACCGUGUGCACGCCUCAGAGCGGACUGCGUUUAGAAGAUAUGGUGCCGAGGAUUCACCCGGGAGGGAAAUCUCACUCUGUGCUGGUGAGCGCAGCGCGGGCGAAAAGACGAGCCAUAACAUUCGCAUGUAAAAGACCUCAGGCAGAGGUGGGAAACAACGCUCUGUCUCAGCUCCACUCCACGGGUCAGAGCUCGCUUCCUCAACAGCAGCCGUCGCAUCAGUACAGAGACUUCGCUCCCGCCGCGAGGAGCCGAGACGAGGACCCGGUGGCGGCGAAUCCGGCGGCCUCCCCCUCCCUCUGCGGGCACAGCCGCGGCAGCUUCGGCCUCGGCAGGAGGAUGACGAUGAUGCGGACGCCCUGGAGGUCCGGCGGCAUCGGCGAGAAGCGGUUCAGCUGCACGUACUGCGACAAGAGCUUCAUGCGGUUCAGCCAGCUCAAGGAGCACCUGAGGAGUCACACGGGCGAGAAGCCGUACAGCUGCCUGCAGUGCGGCCGCAGCUUCACUAAGCAGUGCAACCUCAUCCGACACGCGGUGGUGCACAGCGGCGAGAAGCCCCACGAGUGCUCGCUGUGCGGGAAGUGCUUCACCCAGCGCUCCAGCCUCAAGUCCCACCAGAAAACUGCUCAUUGACUUUAGAGUGUGUUGGGAUUUUUUGUGUGGUCACCUGGAAAAAAACAUUCCACUUUUUCGUUGUUUUUUUUUUUUACUGGAGAUGGGAAUAUAUUGAUAAUACAGUUAUAAUGCUACUGUAAUUGUUAUGGUUAUUGUUUUUCAUUAUAUUGUUCAAUUUAGUUCAAUAUGAUAACGUGCGAUAUGAUACUGACGUGAUUUAAACAGGAAUCGCAAAAACUUAAUUUAGAGAAUUGUCUGAUGAAAGACUGAUCAGAUAAUUAUUUUUAUGAUUAAUCAGUGAUAUUCUAAUUUCUCACAGACCAGGGGGUCGUCUUCAAAGAUACGCCAAAGAUAAUCAGUGUGUGACAAAGAAAAAUAUAGAAUUCUCAUAGCUGAGAAGCUGAAAUGUCAAAUAUUUAUCAUUGUAGCUUUAAUUUUGCUUAUGGUGCCAAACUGUAUCUGCGUAGUUUCAGGGUUUAAGUUCAGAGCACGUACGAUAAAUCUUUUGCUGUCCUUCAUAAAGAAAGUAUGUUUUUUACGACUCAUAGCAGCCACUCGUUUCCAGUCUUGUCUCUGUAGUAUGAACAUCAGUUUGUGGUCAAGUCUUCGCAAUGUGUGCAUAGAACUGAACUGGAAAAAAACUGACAAUGUCUGACAGCUAAAAAUUAUAAAACAGCAUAAGAGGUGAUCACAUCUGAUCUGAGGGUAUUUUCCUUUAUAUGUGUAUCUUCCUGUUUUUAAAGGCUCCAUUACCAUUAAAUCAAGAGUCAAUGAUU